AUGCUACUCACAUAUGUGAAAGAUGAAACGCUUAUGCCAUUGUGCAUCACUCAGUCAAGUCAAGAAAUAGUUUGUACCAAUGAAAGUAAACAUGCUCGUAAUCUUGUAGGCAGAGUGAAAUUAUUUCCUUCAAUAGAAAAUGUAUCUAUUGAUAAUUCAACUAUUGAGAGUAUUUUAUUAUCAAACUGUGAAAAACAUACCAAAGCAAUUCAGAAAGUACACAAUUCUGUGAAGCACUUUCCUACCUUAUCAACUUACAGAUUUCUGUAUGCAGAGAUUUUAUCAAGGAGUUCAAGUCAAGACUCGUUAAUGCAUGCUCUUGAGGAAAUAACCAUCGCUGUGACCAAUGAUAAUUCAGUUAUUUUAUACAGAGAAAAGAAAUUAUCGGUCCUAAUAUUCAAGAUGAUAUUUUUGGUUCAUCGUCAAUAG